GUUGUGGCCUCCCGUUGCGGAGCACAGGCUCCGGACGCGCAGGCUCAGCGGCCAUGGCUCACGGGCCCAGCCGCUCCGUGGCAUGUGGGAUCUUCUCGGACCGGGCCACGAACCCGUAUCCCCUGCAUCAGCAGGCGGACUCUCAACCACUGCGCCACCAGGGAAGCCCCACUCUUAUUAUUUACAUGACCUGUGGUGCCUUAGCUGGACCAGUUAUUGUGGAGCCACAUGUCACAGCAGUAUGGGGAAAGAAUGUUUCACUGAAGUGUUUAAUAGAAGGAAAUGAAACUAUAACACAAAUUUUAUGGGAGAAGAUACAUGGCAAAAGUGCACAGACUGUUGCAGUUCAUCAUCCUCAAUAUGGAUUCUCUGUUCAAGGAGAAUAUCAGGGAAGAGUCUUGUUUAAAAACUAUUCACUUAAUGAUGCAACAAUUACUCUACAUAACAUAGGAUUCUCUGAUUCUGGACAAUAUAUAUGCAAAGCUGUUACAUUCCCACUUGGAAAUGCUCAGUCCUCUACAAUUGUAACUGUAUUAGUUGAACCCACUGUGAGCCUGAUAAAAGGGCCAGAUUCUUUAAUUGAUGGAGGAAAUGAAACAGUAGCAGCCAUUUGUAUCGCAGCCACUGGAAAACCAGUUGCACAUAUUGAUUGGGAAGGUGAUCUUGGCGAAAUGGAAUCCACUACGACUUCUUUUCCAAAUGAAACAGCAACAAUUGUCAGCCAAUACAAGCUUUUUCCUACCAGAUUUGCUAGAGGAAGGCGGAUUACUUGUGUUGUAAAACAUCCAGCCUUGGAAAAGGACAUCCGAUAUUCUUUCAUAUUAGACAUACAGUACGCUCCUGAGGUUUCAGUAACAGGCUAUGAUGGAAACUGGUUUGUAGGAAGAAAAGGUGUUACUCUCAAGUGUAAUGCUGAUGCAAAUCCACCACCCUUCAAAUCUGUGUGGAGCAGGUUGGAUGGACAGUGGCCUGAUGGUUUAUUGGCUUCAGACAAUACUCUUCAUUUUGUCCAUCCACUGACUUUCAAUUAUUCUGGUGUUUAUGUCUGUAAAGUGACCAAUUCCCUUGGUCAAAGAAGUGAUCAAAAGGUCAUCUAUAUUUCAGAUGUUCCACUUAAGCAGACCUCUUCUAUAGCUGUAGCUGGAGCUGUAAUUGGAGCUGUCCUUGCUCUUUUCAUCAUUGCCAUCUUUGUGACUGUGCUGUUGACUCCUCGAAAAAAGAGACCAUCCUACCUUGACAAAGUGAUCGACCUUCCACCCACACAUAAACCACCUCCUAUGUAUGAAGGACAGUCCCCCCCUUUGCCUCAGAAAGACCUUCUAUAUCAGACUGAACACUUGCCUCUGCAGACUCAGUUCAAAGGAAGAGAGGUUGGCAGUCUCCAGCGCUCUAAUGGACUGAGUAGCAGAAGAUUUGACUAUGAAGAUGAGAAUCCAGUGGGGGAAGAUGGGAUUCAGCAGAUGUACCCCCUCUACGAUCAGAUGUGCUACCAAGACGGGAGUCCUGGCAAAUAUCAUCCAAGCCGUGACCUGGAGAGAGUCUACAUCAACCCACGGGAACAUUACGUGUGACUGUCCUCUUUCUCCAAUGGUGUUCUAACAAAUGUUUAUUCUUAGAUUGAGGGAGAGAAACUGAGGCCAAUAGGUAUGAUUUUAUUCUGUCUCAUAUAAAACAAUCCCAGUCUAAGUAUAUCAGAAGUAGUGAUAAAUGACUUGGAGCCAAUAGCACAUUUCUUCCUUUCAUUAAGAGUUUCUUAAUCACCAGCUGUGUUUUUGAACUUGACUCUAGCUUUGUGUGUUUCUGUGAUGAUGGUGUUUAACUACUAACAUUGGGCCUACAACGGCAUGUUCAUUUAAAAGUAGAGCAUCUGCCUGGGAUGACAGCAGUGAUUCUCCAGAACGAAAGGCCUCAGCUGGGAGUAUUAACCUCACUGGGUCUCAGGCAGACCAGCCUGUUCGUCUGUAACUCAGAUGGGCAGGAAAAGGAGCUCAAAAUCCAUCUCACUAAUUAUUUAGUUGGAUUUGGCUUUUCCUGACAUGCUUAAUACAAUUACAAUACCUACUUAUAAACAGGAGGCCUGAGAAAAGAGGCAAAAUUUGUUGUUUAUCCCAGAAACAAUAACAAAAGAGAGUUCAGACCUUCAAGUCUGUUGGUUUCUUUUAGACUCCUGUGAUAUUAUAAUAUGCAUUCCUUCCUGAUCACCAUGGUCCUGAGGGAUGCAUAUUUCUUGCUAUUAUCGGCCCAGUCUUGAUGAGCUAUGUGCUAACCAGGGUUCUUCUCUUACUUGGCCAUUGUUCCCACAGUUCUGUUCUUCAUAGUCCAGAUUAGCCUAUUUCCCACCUAUUAAAUUCUAGAAGCCCUGUCUAAAUGGUGGACAACCUUGAGCCUUGAGCCCUCUUUUCUGUGGUAUUGUAUAUGACAGACUCAGCUUUCACUACUGAACUUUCUUUCAAGCUAAUCCUAUCCACACAGGCUUUGGCUACCCUUUGCAUUCUUCAGACUUUUUAUUGUCUGUGUUUUAUCUACCUCAGAAAAAAGCCUGCUGGAAAAUCACCAUGAAAUAACCCCUACUCUUUUUUUUUUUCUGUACGUGGGCCUCUCACUGCUGUGGCCUCUCCUGCUGCGGAGCACAGGCUCCGGGCGUGCAGGCUCAGCGGCCGUGGCUCAUGGGCCCAGCCGCUCCGCGGCAUGUGGGAUCUUCCCGGACCGGGGCACUAACCCAUGUCCCCUGCAUCGGCAGGCGGACUCUCAACCACUGCGUCACCAGGGAAGCCCACCCCUACUCUUAAAACCCAGGUAGAGAAUUUGAAAACCUAAGAAAACAAAAAGUGCCUUUACUAUGGCAUAUGUGCUAAACCCACAUGUGGUCCUUGAUCCCUCUUCCCCUACUUUAACUGGUCAAUAAUAAGAGUAAAGAGAUACUAAAACGCAAAUAAUACAGGGACUGACUUACCAGUCUGGAGUUUUCUCACUUCCCUUUGCCAACUUUUCCUUGAUGAGCUUGAAGGUAGCAAUUAUAGUGGGGUGAGCAGAGGAAGGAACACAGGUACACGUGCAAGUGUCAAUCAUCUGCCCUCAUAUCUUAAGAAAAGCAUUGCUUUACUAUGUGUUCUGGAAGAUUAUGGGUCUGUCACAGAUAUAAAAAACACUGCAGACUUGUCAUGUAUUAGGAAAAAGUGACAUAAGCACUAAAAUAAAAUAGUACACGUUUCCAACCUAAGCUUCAAGGGAGUAGGAGAAUAUUAACAUAGAUUUCUAAUGGGAUACCAAAGAUACAUUAUGAUUCACGUUUUGCUGGCUCUAGUUCUUGCUUGUGUGUUUGUUUCCUUUUUUCAGUUGCCAUGCUUUGUCAGACAAAUUAUCCAGGUUGUUCUACAGUAGUAAUAUACUACCCCCCUCCAUUACCUGGGUGACCAGCAAUUCUGUAAAAGAUGAUGGUUACAUGGAAUCAAAGGGUAAAUUCCAAGGACCAUCAUUGCUGUUUCACUAUGUUACCUCAGAGUUAGUGUACUGCCCUUGCUAGCAAGCUGACACAGAAAGAAGAUAUCUGACUUUAUUACUUGGAAUCCCAUCAGUGAGUUAAUGUAACUGAAGGUGUAGGGAUCCUUGCAGUUGUUUUCCAACAGAAAGAUGACUCUAGUCAGAGCUCUCCUUGAUAGGGAAGUGUUUUAUACAUACUAGAUGUUACAGAGGAGGAUACUGUGGUGCAUUGCCUCCUUUAGUGAGCUUUAAAAAUGUCUUACACAUUGGGGAUGGUUUCUAGGUGCUGCUGGGAAGCAGGUUGUUGAAUUAGUGUCACAAAAGUAGACGCUGGACCUAGAGGGGAGUUGAGAUAUCUUCAUUUGCACUAGGGAAAGAGAGUCAGAGCACGGUGAGUUUCAGAGCCCUUUGACCUGUCUUCUACCCUCCCUACCAUCAAGAAGCCACUAUUGCAAUUUUUAACAUUCUCAGUGUAGUUAUAGAAAAGAAAUCUCAGGAUAUAGACACUUCUCUCAACAGCCAGCUAGUUCAAUAUCCUCUUUGCCUCUCUGUCAGCUAUGGUAUUUCUUUAACAGACUGGUAGAUUUUAUAGCUGUUGUUCCCUUACAUGGGUCACAGGAGCUAUAUAAUUACUUAUCCUGGUGCCUCCCAUCUGUUCUCUCUAAAUACUGAGUGGAAUAGAGCUCAGUAUUUUAAAGGAGCUUUAAAGGGGUUUGAUCAGCCAGCCCCCUGAAGGAAAAAAUGCCAUCCAAAAUUAGCCUGUUGAUCUCUAAAUUUGGAGGCUAGACCACUUGACGAUGGCCAUUUAAAUUUGGAAGUUAGACUCCUAAAGGUCAGUGAGUGAGGCUUAAGGAUAUAAGCCACAGCUGAUACUAGAUACUCUUCCCAUAACUGGUUUAUUAAAACACACUGAAACAGAAAUAAAUCCCCAGAGUGCUUAUCCACUUACGGUUGCAGUUUUGCGUUUCAAGGGGGAGUGUGCAUGCUCCAUCUUAAACACACAGCCUUGAUUGCCUAUUUUGUAGGCGGCCCAAGCUCCAGGAGCGUGCAUCAUAGCUGCAGUAGCAGAUCACCAGGUUCUUUGCCCACUGCACUAAAAUAAAGCAUCUGUACCAGUUAGGAUUGCUCUGACAUAAUGGGAUAAGAAUUUAGGUUAAUUCUUAAAUGGCAGUGAUUUAUUUUCUAUGAGGACUCCCCUAUCCCUGGCCGCCUUAUAUGUUCUAAAAUUGAAGAAGUCCAUGCUCUUUAGGACAUGUAAUAUAAAAUUCUUACCUGUGCUAGGCCUCCCUGUAACAUGCACAUAGUAGAUACUAAAGAAAUGUGCUGUAAACUAAAUGAACUGGCCCCCUCAUUAAUUUUUAUGGCCUUGUUUACUCAUAGGGAUAAUAUAUUUUUUCAUCCAUCUUUUGAGAAUGAUUUCCUAAUUCCUCUUUCACAGUAGUGUAAAAUUUACUAUUUUGUUUUUCAUUGUGCAAUUUUCCCCUGCAGUGUGCUGGUCUCUCAGUGCUGUUCUUUAUAUCCAAUAGAGCCUUUCUUCAAGCCUCUUUUUCCCUGGGGCAUAGAGGAUAGACCAUUAUACCAAGAAUCAGAAGAAUAGGUUCUACUCCCACUUAAUCUGUCUAGGACGUCAGUUGCCCCUUAUCUGUAAAGCAGAGAUUGUAAUACUUUCCCUGUCAGCCUCUCAGAAAUGUGGGGAGAGUUAAAGAAGAUAAUAAUGGAUGGGAAAUUGUAAGUUCUCUUCAAAUGAAAAUACCCAUGACUCUAUUACUGUUGCAUAUUGAACCUGAACUCCCAGCACCCUUGCCAGCAUUUUGAGUACCAUAGCGUCUCCCCAGGGAGAACCAAGUGGCAGAUGAAAAUUUCAGUUCGAGCUAAUUUGAGUAUAGCCAAGUGCAAGUGGAAGACAUCCCUUUUCUGUAAUAAGCAUUUGUCAUAUGGAAAGCUUGAUGUCUGGAUUUUAGCCUUUUAAGCUCUGUUGACCUGUGGUUGUACUGCUAAUAAUAGCUACCAUUAUUGAGUGUGUAGUAUGGACUGGAUUCCAGGGCAAGCACCUUACAAGAAUCAUCUCACUGACUAGAACCAAACUCCUGUUUUGUCCCCUUCCAGGAGACCCCGUGGGGACAGAAAGGCUCCCACUCCUAUGCUGCACACCCACAGACCACACUAAUCAUCAGUCAGCUGUUACUUCUUUUAAGUCUGCUUUUGGGGAGUGGUGUUAGGGAAGAGGCUUUCUUGAUUUUUUUGGAAAACAGAGGUGUAAGAGGGUACAUGGAAGAAAACCAUAAAAAAAUGUUUACUGAGAAGAAAGCAAUUGCAUGUGCUCGUUUUUACUUACUUUUCGAACUUCUCAAAAUGCUCAUAGAGUCUCAUACCCAUUAGAUUAACCAUCUCUGCAAAAAUAACCAACCGAAUAAUUAAAGCCACUCCAUCCCAGUUGGUUCGGUCUUAGAGGGCACAAACUCCUAACAUCUCUUCCUCAGCUUAGUAAUUUGAUAUACUUACUGCCCCUUUGAGUUUGUUUCACCUUUAUUGAACUCCCAGGGGGUGGUGGCACUGUUACAGUGGGCAUCUGGAAAGAGAGAUGGCUCUGGUAGAAAGCCAGAAGAAGAGGAGGAAGGGUGUGAAAGUAGAAAUGUCAGGACCCCCACCUGUGGUUCAGUUCUAUGCUUCUCUUGUUCCUGUGCUGAACUGGCAACACCCUUCAUCCUUGGGCCAUUUACAGACUACCUAGGAGGACCAGGGACUUCCAGUUCUUCUGUUAAACUAGAAACUGCUAUUUGCAAGCCUACUCAACUAUGGACUAUGCCUGGGUGAAUCUUAUGGCCCCUGAAAGGUUCUUGUGUUCCCUCCAUUAAAGAAAAUUGUUGUAAGUUGGACUUUGCCAAUUUGGUCACUUGCAAUUAUUAGGUGGUUUAGUGGCCUUCAGUAGGUAGGGGUUGGGUGAGGGCUGUAUGUCUCCUCCCCCCCAACCUUACCAGGUGGUAUAUUACACUGAAAUCAGAUUUUAAGCCAGUGUCUGCAUCAUUCAUCUUUAUAAACACUCAGGCACUAGAACAGACAUCCUGUAAUAGUCAACCUGUCAUGUAAGCUUGAAAAAGUCCCCACUCCAUUCUUUUAGAGAACCCAACGAUAUCUUAUGUAAAAGGGCUAUUAGAAAUGAAUCCAAUAAUAUUACAGCAGAUUCGGUGUCAGGCAGCCUGAUUUCUGUUCAACUUCUAGACAUAGAACAGGUUAGUAAUCUAGGAAUCUUAGGGCUAGUGGGCUUGCUAGAACUUUAUGCCAUGUUCGUGAAAGGGAUGGAGUGCCCUAUGGUAUUUGGGCCAAUCCACAUACAUUUAACACCACUAACUUGACCACUGAAAAAAAUCACUCAUUAACAAAGUCUCUGGCGCUGAGUUCUUAUGGUAGUAGCCUCUGAAGUGACUUGAAUUUUUCAAAUGCCAACUAACAACUUUUGGAGGGUGUAUUCCCAACUAGGAAACGUUAAAUGUUAAAUAAACACUCCUAGGGUGUAUAUUAAGACCAAUUAACAUGUGCCAAAAUAAUUCAAAUUACAUUCAACAUAACAGAGUUUCUUAAGGAUUCCUUGUGUUAUCACACCUUCACACUGGGGUGAGGUGUAUUCACUUCUCUAAUGUCAACCACCUGCUGCCUGCUGGCAUUUCUCCUUAGUAGUGACAGCCUUUUCCUUGUUAGAGGUGUGUGUGUGUGUGUGUGUGUGUGUGUGUGUGUGUGGUGCAUCAGAGAGAGAGAAAGACAGGCAGAUGGGAGAGAAGCCGGCUUAAAAUUCACAGUUGAAAAAAAUACUGGAGUUCACGCAUACAGCAGAACCCUCACAUCUACGAACAUCUCACUAUUUCAGGCCCAUUUUAUUAUCUUUGCUAUAGCAUUAUCUCUGUAAAAAGGUUAGAGGUAGGAACAGAGGCCAUAUUUACCUUGACAGUGGAAAUAUAUAAAGUAUUAGGUUUAUUUCUACUGUAUUUCCACUUAUUAGGUUAGUUAUUCUCUACUUACAUUUGUAUGACUGUGGGAAUUUGGAGCUGAGUAGACUAGAAUGAAAGAGAAUGUCAAAAAUUCAGAUGACACUAAACAUCUUUUUAUCAAACAUUAUCAACUGAGACCAUGAUAUGGAAGUUCCUUCUAUAUCUCAGGGAAAAGGGAAACCACCACUGACAAAUAAAAGGAUUCUCCAUUCCAUUGGUUGGGAAUAAAUCACUUCCAUUGGUCCAUUCCCCAGAAUAGUCAGUGUUUGGGGGCUAAAGCCAUGAUAUAUAUCAAAUUACAUGCCUCCCUACACCAAAAAGUUCUAGUUAUAUGCAGUAUCUGGUACCUCUAGCUGUGAGGUAUAGGGAUAAAUGCCUGAGUUUUAGGGGAACAGAUGUUGUGAAUAUUUAUGGAAAAAAGCAGCAUCUCUGUGAAUUAAAGGUUGGCAGGGCCAUGUCCUCUAAGUGCUCCCAUUCUAGAGCUGUGUUGUUUACAGUUGCCACUUGCACAUGAUUGACAUGGCAUGUCCUUUGGACCCAAGGAGAUAGACUAAUGGACUUGAAGUUAUUAUUAGAUUACAACUGCCAUCCCAAACAAUCUUCAAUAAACCAAAACCAGCUUCCUGAGAUGUUUCAGUGUUUUACUCCAUCUAGAGGCAGGAGACUGAACAGUUCCCUUCUUGAGGUUUUUCCCAGCCUUACCAUUUAAAGAUUUUAUGAUCAGUUUCCCUGUAGCCCAGCAGGACACUUGGUAUCAUGGCCUAGACCGGUUGUAUUUAUUAUCAUGGCACAGGACUGAACUGUAAAGUCGAUUAGAGGAGGCCUCAAGGGAAAGCCCCCCUGGGAAUCCAGAACAUCAGAUUGGCUACACUGGCUUAGAACUGUGGCCUAUCCUGCUACAAAUAUGUCUGACACCCAUAAAUGUUUUAUGUGUCUCCUCCAGAGGUUAGGAAUGAACUUCAAACAUUUGUAAUGUCCCUUAAUAACUCACAAUGGGUCUAUAAAGCCCAGGGUUCCACUGAUUCCCAAAUGCAUGGGCACUACUAUUUUGGUUUUCAUUAUUCUUGCCAGUAAUGACCAGCUUUUUUUUUUUUUUUAAAUCCACCCUAACACAUUGAUCAGGCUAAGUUAAUUUCUUCUCACAAGUCAUGUUGAUGGCUCCAUGUCCAUCAUAUUUUAACUACAGGCAGCAGUAUUUUGUCCUAAAUGCAUUGGUUUGCACUUAACCCACACUGUGGCUCAUUAAUGCCUCUUUUUUCACAUGGUUUCAUGAGAACUUAUUGCUGUAUUCCCUUCAACUGAGCAUUUCAAUACCCAGAAGAGUAUUUGUCAUCUUAGGUUUCACUGUGUACUUGAAAUUCCACGUCCUUUGUAAAAAAAUGUUAAGUAGGUGGUGUUGCUACUGAAUCCCUGGAUUAUUCCACUUGUCUAUCCAGAAAAGUUCCUGUUUAUCCUCUACCUUCUGUUUCUAUUUCUAAGCCAAAGCUUAAGACAUAACAUCUGCUCCAGCCUAUUCAUUUUCCAUGUGGUCUUAACCUCUUAACUUCCUUACUUCUCAGUUUCAUCCCUGUAAGUUAGUACUCUCCACCUCACAGAGGUUUUAUGGAGGGGGAAAAAUAAGAUGUUUAAGGGUUGUCAUCAAGAGAGCUCCUACUUUUAAAGUGAUUUCAUAAAAGCCCCUUGGCUUAGAAAUGAGAAACUCUAUAGCUAUUAUUUUUUCCUAUCCUUGUUUUGCUGUCUUUAUUUCUGAAAAGUGAUCUCUGUCUGAAUAGAGUCUGUACCCUGGUUUUAACUUUCUUCCCAUUACCCCCUUUCACAAUGAAAUUGUCCUCUCUACCUUGUCCAUCCUCUGAACUUUUUCCUUACAGAGCCAAAACUAGUUAUCCCACCACAAAUCCCACAUGCUCUUACUUCCAUGAUUGAAUAAAUUAAUGUCCUCCAGAAAGAGGCAUCUGGCUCUGGACAUAAGUCAGAAGGUAAAUGAGGCCUCACUCUGGCACUGGCAAGAUCUCACCAUGGUGCCUUGGUUCUCCCUGUAUAAACUAAGGUUAAUUCUGCUAUUUCACAGCACCUGGGUGGUAUGAGUCUUGACAAAAAUAAUAAUAAUAAUAAUGAAAAGUAUUUUUCAAAUGCCCUGUACUAUAUAAAUGUGUAGUGAAUAAUCUGGAGAGUCCUCAGGUAGAAAUGUGUUCUUGUGUAGCUCAAUUCAGAUUACUAAUCCACCCAUUGUUUUCAAAAGAAAUGUUUUACUAAACUGUUCUUUUUCUUUUUAAAGUGAAAAUUAGUUUCUAAUCAUUUGAACUAUUUUAAUUUUUCCGUAUGGGAAGAGAUCAAUAGUAUACAGAAAAUACCCAAAUUGUAUUUUAAGUGUUAAAACUGAAAGGGUUUCAUAACAACGUAGUGGGUUAAGGAGGAUUCUAGCUCAAAUGUGGCAAGAAAUAGAAAUACUAAGAUUAGCUUUGAUUUUGAGAUUGUAUUAUAAAUAGUAGAUGUUAAUGUGGUUGUUUUUAGAUACUCUUUAUUUUUAAGUUACCAGAAAAUGACUUUUAUUUUUGAAGUUUUGAACUAUGUGG